GUAAGAAACACAAUUCUCUUCUGUGAGGGUUGCUUAUUUUCUCUUCUCCAUGGCUCGAUUUUAUGUGAAGAGUAAGAAACAUACUAUGGCAGCUAUGUUCAUACUUCUUGGGUUGUUAAUGCCUACCCUCGAAAUAAUAGGUGCACAAUCCAUAGGUGUGUGCUAUGGAAGAAAUGGUGAUAAACUACCAACGGAAACAGAAGUUAUAAACCUUUACAAUACAAAUGGAAUAGGAAGAAUGAGAGUUUACGAUCCAAUUCCAGAAACUCUAAAUGCUCUUAGAGGAACCAACAUAGAAAUCAUCCUCGAUGUCCCCAACCCAAACCUCGAAUCCCUUGCAUCGGACGCUGCAACAGCAACUGACUGGAUCCAGAGGAACAUAAUCGCCUACUCACCCGAUGUUAGAUUCAGAUACAUUGCUGUUGGAAACGAAGUCGAUCCCAACACUGAUAAAUCUCAAUAUGUCCGAUUUGUUCUUCCUGCUAUGCAAAACAUUUACAAUGCAAUUGUAGCAAGUGGCCUACAAGACCAAAUCAGAGUCUCCACCGCGACAUACACUGGUUUGCUAGGCAAUUCCUCUCCCCCAUCAGAAGGUUCAUUCCUUGAGAAUGUGAGGCAAUUUGUCGACCCUAUCAUUGGCUUUCUAGCCCAAAAUAACUUGCCACUGCUUGUCAAUGUGUAUCCAUACUUUAGCUAUAUCGGUGACACUGUAAACAUUCCACUUCCUUAUGCCUUAUUUACUGCAACAGAUGUCGUACGCGAUCAUGAUCUCGAAUUUCGAAACCUUUUUGAUGCAAUUUUAGAUGCUCACUACUCAGCUCUUGAGAGGGCGGGUGGACCCAAUUUACAAAUUGUUGUAUCAGAGAGUGGCUGGCCGUCUGAGGGUGGGACUGCAGCUAACUUGGACAACGCAGGCACUUACUAUAGGAAUUUGAUUGAUCGUGUAAGGGGAGGGACAGGAACUCCAAAGAGGCCUGGAAAUGCUAUAGAAACUUAUUUGUUUGCUAUGUUUGAUGAAAAUCUGAAGGAAGGGGACGAAACAGAGAGACAUUUUGGCCUCUUCUACCCUAAUCAGCAGCCCAAGUAUCAGAUUAGUUUCAACUAAGUAAAUGAAACAAGAGAACCUAUAGUAUGGUUUAAUCCUUUACUUCUAUCAAUUAUGAAUAAAAGUUUUAUGCUUGUAAUGCUAUUGGGAGAGGGAGAGAGAGAGAGACAGACUCCAUGUGAAAUUUACAAAUAAUACGUAAUUUACGAAUAAUUUGUGGCAGUCCUACUAUUUGGUGUUACUGUAAAUUGAGAGUGAUUGUGAAGUUGUGAUUUGUGAUAACGUAAUGGUUCUUUGUUUUGCUAUGUGGUC